CAUCUCAGAUCAGCUGUGUGAUGAACCAUGAUGGAACAACAAGUGAGAGAGAGAGAGAGAGAGAGAGAGAGAGAGAGAGAGAGAGAGAGAGAGAGCAGACAGACAGAGAGAGAGACAGACAGACAGACAGACAGAGAGAGAGAGAGAGAGAGAGAAAGAGAGAGAGAGGAUACGUGUCAUGAUGGAGCUCGUAUUGAUUGUCGCAGGUCUUGUGGUUGUCGCGCUGUUCAUGGUUUUAUUCGCACCCCACAUUAGGAAAUACUCUGCAGGUGGAACAUGUAUGUCUAUGGCCCGGUUGGAUGGGAAGACAGUCCUGAUUACUGGAGCCAACACUGGUAUUGGGAAGGAGACUGCCCUGGACCUGGCUAUCAGAGGUGCGAGGGUGAUCAUGGCGUGCAGAGAUGUGGAGAAGGGCGAGGAGGCCGCAGCAUCGAUACGACGUAUCUACUACGAGGCAAACGUAGAGGUCCGAGAGCUAGACCUGGCUGAUACCAGCUCCAUACGGGCCUUCGUACACCGCUUACUCCGAGAGGUCAACCACCUCCACGUCCUGAUCAACAAUGCUGGGGUCAUGAUGUGUCCUUACGUGAAGACCAAUGACGGCUUUGAGAUGCAGCUGGGUGUCAACCACCUGGGUCACUUCCUGUUGACGUACCUCCUGAUUGGUCUGCUGAAGCGCAGCGCUCCGGCCCGUAUCGUCGUGGUUUCCUCUCUGGCUCAUAACGUUGGCUGGAUCCGUUUCCAUGACCUCCUCAGCCAGGGCAGCUACAACAGCGGCCUCGCAUACUGCCAGAGCAAGUUGGCCAACCUUCUGUUCGCUAGGGAGCUGGCCCGUAGACUCAAAGGUUCCAGUGUGACUGUGAACUCAGUCCACCCGGGGUUGGUGCGCUCGGACCUGGUUCGCCACUCCACCAUCAUGUCUCUGCUGUUCUCUCUGUUCUCCUUGUUCCUGAAGAGCCCUCGGGAUGGGGCCCAGACAUCCAUCUACUGCGCCGUGGCAGAGGAGCUGCACUCCCUGACCGGGAAACACUUCAGUGACUGCGCCCCAGCCUCCGUGGCCCCCCAUGGGAGGAACGAGGAGACAGCCAGGAAGCUGUGGGACGCCAGCAGUGAGCUCCUGGGCAUCGUCUGGGACCACUGACCUGAACCACCCUCUAUCAUCAAAACACUGGCUGCAACCGAAAUGCCCUGUAUAGGGCACUACUUUUGACCAGGGCCUUGUUCCAAAUCUCAAUUGUUACAGCAAGAGCCGGCAGUAGGGCCAUGGUAGAAAGUAGUGCACUAAAAAGGGAAUAGGGUGCCAUUAGGGCCAUGGUAGAAAGUAGUGCACUAUAAAGGCAAUAGGGUGCCAUUGUGGAUGCCUCCAUGUUCUCUGAAUCUUUGUUUUCAGUCAGAGUACAUAUUUAGCCUGAUCAUUUCAUGACACUACGUAAUCUCAAACUACAGUUAACCCAACAGCACUUGAAUAAUUGGGUAGUAACCAUAGAGGUAUACAGACACCAUAAUGGCAGAUAGAGUCCUCCAUCUCUAUGGUAGUAACUGCAAGAUCAAAUGCAUUAUUAUUCUGUCACAGGUUAGCCAGGGUGUAACCAGGUCUAGCCAGGGUCAUAACCAGGUCUAGCCAGGGUCAUAACCAGGUCUAGCCAGGGUCGUAACCAGGGUAAUAACCAGGUCUAGCCAGGGUCGUAACCAGGGUAAAUUAUACACCAGCUGAUUGUUUUGUUUCAUAUUAUAAAUGGGGUUCCAAAAUUCCUGUAACUUUCACGAAAUGCCCUUGUUCUCCAAAAUCCUAGUUGGAAGAUGGCUGGAAUUACAGGGGAAUAAGCAAAACAUCCAGGAAUCCUCAACCACGAUUUCUGGGAAUUUGGAGAGUUACAGGAAUUUUACAAAUUAUCCUCCUUGUGGAAUCAGAUUUAUUGUUUCCUUGUUUUGGACCUUUCCACUCUAGGCUUAAUUAUUUCCCGCUCUUUUUCCCCUCUGCGUUGUUAAGCUACCAAGAUGUUUUUUUUUACAAAUGUGAAACAUGCCUUUUUAGUACAUUUAGGGUUGCAAUAUUUUUUUAAUAACAAUCCUGGAAUUACAAGGGAAUAAUCAGGAAAUCCCGAAUCCUCUCCAACCAGUAUUUCUGAAGAAAAAAAUAAUUAAAAAAAUACGGAAUUCUGGGAGAGUUAGCAGAAAUGUGCCACCCAAACUACAUAGCAGUCAUGUCAGCAGUCGAUUGUUUACGUCUGUAAAUAAAGAUAAUAUUACUAGCUACUACUGGUAGUAGCUGUUUAUGUUUAGUAAAUUGUGUCUCUCUCACACACACACACACACACAACAGAGGAGGCUGGUUGGAGGAGCUAUAGGAGGAUAGGCACAUUGUAAUGGUUAUUUCGUUAUUUUCUUAUUUGUAUUUAUUUUUUUAACUGCAUUGUUGGUUAAGGGCUCGUAAGUAAGCAUUUCACGGUAAUGCCUACUACACCUGUUGUAUUCGGCGCAUGCUGCGACUAAUAACAUUUGAUUUGAAAUGGAAUUCAUUGGAAUGGAGUCAAACGUGUGUUUUCCAAACAUUUGCGUUUGAUACCGUUCCAUUCCAGCCAUUACAAUGAGCCCGUCCUCCUAUAGCUCCUCCAAUAACAAACCAUUCUUUAUUACCCAUCUUCCAACAUGGCCACUAAGACAGUAAUUCAUUAUCAUCACAUUUCCUGUAAUCAAUAAUCAUAACUGCAUUAUUAUAAUAACCAAAUUGAUGACAUUGGUUAAAGAA